UACACAUUUAUCCAACUGCACUUUGUCACUUGACAACAUGAAACCAAUAAUCUUGCUCUAGCGUGUAAAGAUUAAGAAUUAAGAAUAUACAUACACCAGAUAUAAACACAAACUCAGAACCAACUCUCUCCUCCCUCCAUUUUCCCCCUUCCUACAGAGAAAGAAACUCGAAUUUUUAGAGAGAGAAAGUGGAAUUUUUGCAGGGAAAAAUGGCAGGAGGGAGAGUAGAUCUAGACGGCAAUGUUAUAAAGCCGAUGAAAAUAUGCAUGAUCGGCGCCGGUGGUUUCAUUGGGUCCCACUUAUGUGAGAAGCUGAUGAAUGAAACGCCGCACACGGUGCUCGCCGUCGAUGUUUACAGUGAUAAAAUCAAGCAUCUACUUGAACCGGGUGAUCUCCCUUGGACCGGUCGUAUUCAGUUCCAUAGAAUUAAUAUUAAGAAUGAUUCUCGUCUUGAAGGUCUCAUCAAAAUGGCAGAUCUGGUUGUAAACCUUGCUGCGAUCUGCACGCCAGCUGAUUAUAAUACCCGUCCACUUGACACAAUCUACAGCAACUUCAUUGACGCUUUACCAGUGGUUAAAUACUGCUCAGAAAAUGGAAAGCGUCUCAUUCACUUUUCCACUUGUGAAGUUUAUGGGAAAACCAUAGGUGCCUUUUUGCCCGAAGACAGCCCAUUGCGACAG